AUGGAAGUGGUGCUUCCUAGAACGCUCCCUAUCGAGCUCAGUUAUGUGCAGUACGAACACAAGUUCGAGGCUCAGUACCUUCCCGCUAUCCGUUCUCUCAUCUCCAAAGACCUGAGCGAGCCAUACAGCAUCUAUGUCUACCGGUACUUUCUUUGCCAGUGGGCACAUUUAUGCUUCAUGGCACUCAAUCCUAAAGAUGGCUCCCUAAUAGGCGUCAUUAUCUGCAAACUUGAGGUUCAUGCUUGCCGCUCAACUCCUACACGGCGUGGCUACAUCGCAAUGCUUGCGGUGAUGUCCGCGUACCGAGGACAUGGUGUGGCUACUGCCCUCGUCAAACGGGCCAUCGAUGCCAUGGCCAAACGGAACGCUGAUGAAAUUGUGCUCGAGACUGAGGAGACAAACGUGCCAGCUAUGAAGCUCUACGAACAGCUUGGCUUUUUGAGGUCGAAAAAACUUCAUCGCUACUACCUCAAUGGCAACAGCGCUUAUCGACUGGUGCUGCCUCUGAGGGUCGUGGACCCAGAUGAGACACUGGCUGAGAACUUCCAGGAGCAAAUUGUUUGA